AUGUCUUCAGAUAUCCCCGAGUAUUGGUCUGAGGAAAUGCCAUUUGUCGAUGUCGAAGACCCGGAAUCCUGGCUUAAGGAGACUGAGGGCACGCUAUUUACCUCAGAACAUUGGUAUGCGCGGGAAGCGGAAGAGUUGGAAGAUUUAAGAGAGAGCGAGACAUUCAGAAUGCUGGAAGCACUGGUACAGCAGCCUGAUGUGUCUCCAGAAGACGCCGUCCAGCAUCUCGUGGACCGUAUCUUGAAUGCAUUGAAACCAGACAACGGUUAUGAGUUUCUCCCAUGUGAUGGUAUAGCUAUAUGUACCAUUGAAGUGGCCAUUCGCACUUCCCCGGAAAAGCAGCGUAAGCUCAUCGACAUGCUGCUCCUGUUGCAGGAUACCACUGUAAUAAACCCAGCUACAGGCGCGCCGGUGAUAGUUGAGCAUGACUCUAUAAACCUUGGUGUCGCUUUCAGAGACCUGCCAUCCUUUGGUUACAUACUCACCGACAACGUUAAUGCGCACAGCAUGGAUAAACCUGCCCAUCUCCCCGAGGUUGAGCAGCACUGGGUUAAUCACAUGACAUUCCUGGCACAAGUUAGCGCUGCUGAAGUCAGAACCGAUAUCCGAAGCAUCUGCGGGAGUUGCAAGGCACUUAAGUCACUUACCAUCGAGUGGGGAAGCAUGCCAAUAGACAAUUCAGACAUUGACAUCGAGGUUUUUGGCCCAGCAUUCAGCAUCCAACGCGAUUCACUCGAGCAUUUGGUUAUCGACAUGAGCAAUUGCUUCCUUAACCCAGUCAUACCGAAGCCUAUCGGCUCUCUGAAGUCGCUUCAUCGCCUCAAGUCUCUUGAGGUUAACGCGGUGUUCCUUACCGGGGUGGAGCGUCAAGAUAAAGAGCCAAGCUAUGCUCUUCUUGCUGAUGUGCUUCCUCAAUCCCUUGAAGUCCUCCGAAUCAAUCCGAAUAGCCAGGGCGUCAAUAACUCACUAUGGUGGGUAUUUCCCCAUUAUCUCACCGCCCUCCACGAUUGGCUCUUCGCUCUUGUGUCGAUCUGUGCUGGGGGUUCUUUACCGAAACUCGGCCGCAUCGAAUUGAGGCCAAAUCUCAGACCUUUUGGAGUUAUACCGUACGCUCACGAUAAUUCGCCGUUGCUGGAGGCGCUCGAGUUCCGCCUCCUCACCAACCACGCGACUCUGAACAACCUGUGCACCCGCUUUUCCAAAUGUAACAUCGAGCUACUGGUCGAGUAA